GAAAAUUCCCUUUUCCCACAAGGGUAUAAUGGGCUUCAACAAUUGGAUCUUGCUUUUAGAUCCGGCCCAUUCCUUUAUCAGCAGGCCCAACAACAAAAUCCUUGUUCCGUUGCUCCGCAAGUUCCGGCAAUCUCUCACAAUCGCAUUCACCAUAGCAGUAAUGGGGGAAGAAAAAGAAAUGGAAGGAGUUGCUUCAAUAGCACUCAUUGAAAACGGGUCUAUUUCGGGUCACUUCAUUCAUCUUCCUCAUUCUAUCUGCUAUGGCAUCCAUGGCACUGAGAUGGUUUGUGAAAGGGAAUGCAGUAGGGGUGAGGACUACCGCUUGUUGAAGCUCACAAUUAUUGACUACAAUAGAAAAAGAGAAAGGGAUGUUAUAGUGGAGUGCAGAGGACAUGAUGCUGCUAGGAUUCAGAAUGUUGACCAUGCUCAUGGGUGGGAGGAUGAUGUUGUCAAUAUGCUUGACAAGAAGGAUCAGAAGAACAAGAUUCUUGUUUCUUUCGAGUGUGAGACACUGAAAGCGGGUAAAGCAGCUGAGGACCAUAUCAACAAAUUCAUGCCCAAGUUAGCCGGGGCGGAUGCUGUUGGUUUCUCUAAUCAUCUUGGCAGUAUGACCCAUCAAUUUUAAAUCAAACAAUUUUAGACCACCGGGUUUCAUAACUUCGUUAACAUUGGCAAGAUGAGGAUUGUAGGCUUGGACUUUGAAGAUGCAAAUGGAGAUGGAGAUGAUAACCAGCAGAAUAUUUGAGCUGCAGCUCAUCUGCUCUACCGGGCAGUUUGACUUAAAAAACUGUUUCAGAAGUUAAACUAGAAUGUAUUAUCUAGUUAGUCAUGCAGUUUUAGGCUCAUUAUCUCGGCGUUAAGCCCCUCUUGUAAUUAUAUUACCUCAAAAGCUGUUAUGGGUUUUGCUAAUUUUCACUUUAGAUGAUGUAUUAUCAGUUGACAGCAAGAACCCAAUAUAUGACAUUGUGCACAGAAUCAAGCCAAACUCUCAUGAUUACUAUUGAGCUAUGAUUACAAUUUC